UGGCCGGAAUCUUGCAGAGCGGUGACAACAAACAAUAAGAGUGGCAUGGAACCGGCUGGAGCGUGAUCUAGUAGACCUCCGGGCCUCAGUAACUUUGCGUCUCGGGCUCGGGCGGGCCUAGGCGAGCUCCACCCCUCCAAGGCGAAGGGUCGCCUGGGCCCGCCCCGCGGCCACGCAGCUAUUGGUCGAUGCCGACUCAGCCACCUGCCCCUACCUUGCGUGGGCGGUGCUACCUGGGCCCCGCCCCACGGCUCGGGUUCCCAGGCCGCGCUUCCCCCUCCUCCUCCGGCCCCGCCCCCGGCGUGAGGCCCCGCCCCUCCUAGUCCCGGAGCCCGGGCACCUCGUGAUGUCACGGCCGCUUUGAUACAAAGAGCCCCUUCGGCCCACGCGGGUCUCCCGGCAACGAGCGCGGGCGGGGGCGGGGCCGGCGCCUUCAACUGGUGCCGAACGGUGCGAGCGGCGGCGCAAAGGCUUGGGGAUUGUUCCUUGAGCUCUCGGGUUGCCCGCCGCGUCCCUACUCAUCCUACUGACCCGCGCUGAGCUUCUUGUCCCUCUGCAGAGGACCGAUCCGCAACUGGUCGGGGAUGCACACCCCGCCAACUCCCGGGAGUCAGGACAUUGAGGUCCCCGGCUCCACCUUUGCUGAUGGCGAGCUCAUCCCCAGGGAGCCCAGCAUCUUUCCCGAGGACGAGGAGGAGCCUAUGAUGACACUGGCCCCAGUUGAGGGCUCCCUGGAGUCAGAUCUGGACAGCCCCAUGGAAAGCACCCAGAGCCUGGAGGGGUCUGUCGGGAGUCCCGCCGAGGACAAGGAGCGGGGUCUCGGGGGCCUGUUUCUGCCAGAGGACAAGUCCCUGGUCCACACUCCAUCCAUGACGACAUCAGACCUCUCCACACACUCCACCGCCUCACUCAUCAGCAACGAGGAGCAGUUUGAAGACUACGGGGAGGGGGAUGACGUGGACUGUGCCCCCAGCAGCCCCUGCCCCGAUGAUGAGACCAGGACCAACGUCUACUCGGACCUGGGUUCUUCGGUGUCUUCCAGUGCGGGGCAGACACCGAGGAAGAUGCGGCACACGUACAACAGCGAGCUGCUGGAUGUGUACUGCUCUCAGUGCUGCAAGAAGAUCAACUUGCUGAAUGACUUGGAAGCCCGGCUGAAAAACCUGAAGGCCAACAGCCCCAACCGAAAAAUCUCUAGCACUGCCUUUGGACGGCAGCUCAUGCACAACAGUAACUUCAGCAGCAGUAACGGCAGCACUGAGGACCUGUUCCGGGACAGCAUUGACUCCUGUGACAAUGACAUCACGGAGAAGGUAAGCUUCCUAGAAAAGAAGGUGACAGAGCUGGAGAAUGACAGCCUGACCAGUGGGGACCUAAAGAGCAAGCUGAAGCAGGAGAACACACAGCUGGUGCACAGGGUGCACGAGCUGGAGGAGAUGGUGAAGGAUCAGGAGACCAUGGCCGAGCAGGCACUGGAGGAGGAGGCCCGGCGACACCGUGAAGCCUACACCAAGCUGGAGCGGGAGAAGAGCACGGAGCUGGAGCUGCUCCACACCAGGGUGCAACAAUUAGAGGAGGAAAAUACCGAGCUCAGGACGACAGUGACACGACUCAAGUCGCAAACCGAGAAACUGGACGAGGAGCGGCAGCGCAUGUCCGACCGGCUGGAGGACACCAGCCUGCGGCUCAAGGACGAGAUGGACCUGUACAAACGCAUGAUGGACAAGCUGCGGCAGAACCGCCUGGAGUUCCAGAAGGAGCGGGAGGCGACGCAGGAGCUCAUCGAGGACUUGCGCAAGGAGCUGGAGCACCUGCAGAUGUACAAGUUGGACUGCGAGCGGCAGGGCAGGGGCCGCGGCUCCUCCGGCCUGGGCGAGUUCAGUGCCAGGGCCCGCGAGGUGGAGCUGGAGCACGAGGUCAAGCGGCUAAAGCAGGAGAACCAUAAGCUGCGGGAUCAGAAUGACGACUUGAACGGACAGAUCCUGAGCCUCAGCCUCUAUGAAGCAAAGAACCUCUUUGCUACUCAGACCAAAGCCCAGUCUUUGGCUGCAGAAAUUGACACAGCAUCUCGAGAUGAGCUAAUGGAAGCUCUAAAAGAACAGGAGGAGAUCAACUUCCGGCUGAGGCAGUACAUGGACAAGAUUAUCCUGGCCAUCCUGGACCACAACCCCUCCAUCCUGGAGAUCAAGCACUGAGGAGGGGGCUGGCUGCAGAGCGGCCUUAGGACCUGGGGACCAAGGGGCAGGCCCUGCCCCAGGAUGUGGGCCUGGGCCUGGGCCCACACUCACUGUAAAUGUACCUCUGGCCACCAUGCGUACCGUGUACUGGUGUAUAUGUGGGCUGAGCGUGGGAUCGUGGCUGGUGACACCUGCACAGUGAGCUGUGUGUGCACUUUGUGGUCCCUUUGCAAGGGGCGGAGGGUACUGGCAGCGGAGAGAACAAGGUCUGCCAUGGGAGUUCCUGCGAUAACGAGAACUGGACACUUGUGUUACUUACUGGAUAAAAUGAUUCUACCUCUGGGAUAAGGAUUAGAAAUACUCUAGGGAGACAGGCUCUUCUCUCCCUGCCCCACCUCCCGGGACGAGGAGCAAAAUCUGAUCUUUUCCAGGAGUUUGGUUGCUCUUUCCAGCCUCUUUGGCCAUCUUUCAAGCCCAGGUAUUUGAGCUCAAAGAGAAGGAAGGGGCAUCUGGGGGGACCCAGUGGAGGAGCCCUCGGGCAGCCCUCUGUGGGGCAGUGUACCGUGUCCAGAGGACUCGGGUUCGCAGAGCUGUGGACAGGCCGUCCUCAUUGGUGGGGUUCUUGGCAUCUUGGCUUCUCCCUGCCCUCCCCGCCUGCUCACCUACCUCCCCUUUAUGGUUUGGUUUUGUUUUUAAGACAAUGAAAUAGAAGCACUAUUCACUUGGGUAUAACAUGAAGAAAUCAAAAGGAAAGCAGCAGCUUAGGAGGUGGGGGUGUCAAAACAGGUUGGGCAACCAAAGAAAGGAUUCCCAGAGGAACAGGGCUGCCCGCAGCCGCGCAGACGGACUGUCGCUUGUCACUGGUGGGCUCCUCGCGGCCUGGUGAGGGCAGGCCUCGGGAUAGAUUCCAGAAUCCGAGCUUGGGCUCCCCUGGGGAGCUAGAGCGGCCUCCUUCUUUGGUCUUCAUCCAGGGGAACAGACACUGUGCUGGUGGGACAUGCAGGUGGGAAAGUUGCAGGGAAACCUUUGUCUUCCGUGCUUUGGACACAUGGUGGGAAUUUCCACCAUGGAUUUUUAAUGUGAUCUCUUGUUCUAGGCAGCAGGGAGUAGAUGUGAUCCUUUCCUUCAAGUUUUCCAGUCUAUCUGAAUUUUCUAUAGCUUGUGAUUCGUUUCCUUUACCCAAAUCUAUAUAAACACGGAUGGUCUUAUUU